CGGAGCGGAGCGGAGAAGGGCAGGUAUUAAAGUUUUUAGGGAUAUCAGUGAGAUGCCAGUUCUGUCAGCGGUCUAGGACGUCGGCCAACAUCUUAAUAAGCUCCACAUAUUUUCGCAUGGUUUAUUAAAACCAUCUGAUUUCUUGUUGUGCUGUGGAGUAAAUACAAAGUAAAAUGACGAUCCUGGAGGUGAGCAGUCAGCUGAUCGAGAACACCGUGCAGAAGAUGAGUCUGACCUCACUGCUGCUCGCCACUUCUGUGUUCACACUCACACUGGGAUACCUGAGCAAACUCAUGUUCAGACAACAGCAGCAGGACACUGGAGAUAAAAAGUAUCCUCCUCACAUCCCAUCCAGUAUUCCCUUCCUCGGUCACGCCAUAGCCUUUGGCAAGAGUCCCAUUGAGUUUCUGGAGAAUGCCUAUGAGAAGUAUGGGCCUGUGGUCAGCUUCACAAUGGUUGGGAAAACCUUCACGUAUCUGUUGGGCAGCGAUGCGGCCGCACUCAUGUUCAACAGCAAGAAUGAAGAUCUGAAUGCAGAGGAUGUGUACGCACGCCUCACCACACCUGUGUUCGGCAAGGGCGUCGCGUACGACGUGCCCAAUCCUUUAUUUCUGGAGCAGAAGAAAAUGCUGAAGACGGGACUGAACAUCGCACAAUUCAAACAACACAUUCAAAUAAUCGAAGAAGAAACAAUAGACUAUUUCAAACGAUGGGGAGACAGUGGAGAGAGAAAUCUGUUCGAGGCGUUGUCCGAGCUGAUCAUCCUGACGGCCAGUCGCUGUCUGCACGGCCGUGAGAUCCGCGGCAUGUUGGACGAGAGGGUCGCUCAGCUCUACGCCGAUCUGGACGGUGGUUUCACUCACGCGGCCUGGCUGCUGCCCGGAUGGCUGCCGCUGCCCAGCUUCAGGCGGAGAGAUCGUGCACACUUAGAGAUCAAGAAAAUCUUCUAUAACGUCAUAAAGAAGCGAAGAGAAGCUGAGGAGAAAAAUGACGACAUCCUGCAGACGCUCAUAGAUGCAACUUAUAAAGACGGCCGUCCUCUAAAUGACGACGAGAUCGCCGGGAUGCUGAUCGGGCUGUUGUUGGCGGGACAGCACACGUCCUCCACCACCAGCGCGUGGAUGGGAUUCUUCCUGGCGCGGGACAGAGCGCUGCAGGAGCGCUGCUACAAUGAACAGAAACGCGUGUGUGGAGACGAUCUGCCUCCGCUCCACUACGACCAGCUUAAAGACUUGAGUUUGCUGGAUCGCUGUCUGAAGGAGACGCUCCGACUGCGACCGCCGAUAAUGACCAUGAUGAGGAUGGCCAAGACGCCUCAGAAAGUGGGCGAGUUUACCAUCCCACCGGGACACCAGGUGUGUGUGUCUCCGACAGUCAACCACCGUCUGCGGGACACCUGGGCGGAGAGACUGGACUUCAACCCUGACCGAUACCUGCACGACAACCCGGCCGCCGGAGAGAAGUUCGCUUACAUCCCGUUCGGAGCAGGCCGUCACCGCUGUAUUGGAGAAAACUUUGCCUACGUUCAGAUUAAAACCAUCUGGUCGACUAUGCUGAGGCUGUACGACUUCGAGCUGGUGGACGGACACUUUCCCGCUGUGAACUACACGACCAUGAUCCACACGCCGUACAACCCCAUCAUCAGAUACAAACGGAGGAAGACGCAGCCGCAGCAGUGACGGGACGCGCUCAGUUUCUCCAGUCCAUCUUAACCUCAGCUGCACAUCAGUAACUAAUGCGGCUUCCGCAAAGCACAAAUGUUGAGUUGGUUAACAUGCGUAGGUUUCAUCGGUGACCGAAUUAGAGUGACGUGGCAUCUAACGCGAACCCAUUCUUACUCAGAUCUCCAACCUUUUGUGCAACUGUUAUUUAAAAGACUUUUUAUUUUCCCCAAAGUGACCUGCAGCGCUCAGAUUACCAGCAAACUCCAAUCCAAAAGAAUCAAGAUCACCCACCUGUAGUCCUUCUUCUACCGUCAUCCUUCCAGCAAAGCAUGAACAUAUUUUUAUAUGAUUGAACUGUUUGAAUUUUUGUCCAGAAAACAAAAACCUGUAAUGUAUGAAAGUUUUGACAUUAAAAUCAAAUCAUACAGAAAUGGUUAA